AUGACCACUAACGAAAUUGAAUCAUGCUGCAACAUUUGUCUAACCAGGUACCAAAAUAAGUUGGCGGAGGAAUAUUGUCCGCAAUGUGAAGAGGCUCUUUGUGGAGACUGUGAACAUCAUCAUAAGAUAUCGAAAUCAACAAAAUCACAUCAGACAAUCUCUUUAGAAAAAUAUAACAAAUUACCAUGUUUCAUCAAGCAAAUGAAGCAUAACUGUGAGGAGCAUGACUGCUUCCUUGAGUUUUAUUGCAAAGCUCAUGACUCUCUUUGCUGCAAACUGUGCUUGAUAUCUGGUCAUAAGGAAUGCAAGGAAACUAUUUUCAUUGAGGAUUUUCUAACACAUUCUACAGGAUAUCAACCCGUAGCUUUAGAUAACAUUGAAAAAUCCCUCAAAGAUCUCGAAAGUAAUAUCUGUUCAGCUAUAAAGGACAGAAACCGAAACUUAACAGAAUUACGUGAACAGAAGCAGAAGAUUUCAGAGCAAAUUAAGGAAAAACGCCAAGAAAUCAAUACACGCUUAGACAAUUUAGAAGAUGCAUUACUAGAAAAGGCAUCUGCAAUGGAGGAUGAGUACUGUCUGAAAAUAAAUAAAGUGAUUGCAAAAUUAGAGGAUGAAAAAAAGAAAGUAGACGAAAUUAUAGAAGCUGUUGCAUCUGUCAAAAUGUUUGCAUCCAAUUUACAAAUCUUCAUGGGAACAAAGACAUUCCAGGAAAAUGUUUCAACCAAUGAAAUUAACGUCCAAGUAUUAUACGAUAAUGGGAAUCUUAACAACAUCACCAUGGAAUGUACGUUCAAUGAAAAACUGGAAGAGUUAAGAGAUGAAGUAAAGGUAUUUGGUGACAUAAAGGGAGGCAAUUGUGAUAAACAUAUUUCUUUUUCCUGGAGAGGUGAUAAAUCAGCACAGCUUUAUAAAUCUAUAUUAGGAGCAAACUCUAUUGAAAAUAUAAAUGUCAGACUGAUACGUAAGAUUAACAUAGAUGUCAAUGGCCUUUCUGGAUGUGUCAUAUCAGAAAGUGGAAACAUGAUGUUUCUUCACAAACACAACAAUAGUCUGAUAAAAUAUUCACGAAAUGGUAUAUUUAUUUCAAAAUCGGUUAUCAACCCACAGGCAGAAGGCAUUGGGUUUGAACUUGCAUUGAUUGAUUUUAAUACGGUAGCUGUAUCAAGUGGUGGAAACUACCCUCAACAGAUUUACUUGAUUGAUAUGAAUACUACAAAGACUAGUCAAAUUUUUCAACUUGGGGACUGGUGUUGCGGUUUAAGCUACAACAACAAUUCAUUUAUUUGUUGCACGUAUAUGAAUGGCAUUAAAAUAUUUGACAGAUCGCACGACAAUUUGACUAAUGCCCGGAUAUUGCCAAAUGCACCUGGAAUGGUGGAUAAAACCUACGUUACCUCAAACAAAAAUCACAUUUUUCAUACAAACUGGCGUGACCAUUCUGUUGUUUGUUACGAUUUUAGCGGGCAGGUACAAUGGAAAUACUGCGAUUCGAUACUGAGACAACCGUCUGGCAUCACCUUAGAUUCUUAUUCUAACAUUUAUGUUGCUGGUUCUGAAUCAAACAAUGUCGUAGUGAUAUCCAAAGAUGGAAAGCAGGCCAAAGAACUUAAUGGAGCUAAAGACGAAUUUCAAAUCCACGCGCCAUUUAUUUUGAUAAAAACAAAAACCUACUUCUUGUCACAAACUAUAAGGGAGCUGCAUUCCUAUUUAACGUUACAUAAAAUAUAUUGA